AUAUGUUUCAUCCUCUCUGUGUCACUGCAAAGAUGGCAAUGGCAUACAGAUUAGGUGCAUUUGGCAUAGCCCCAAUAUCAUCUCUCUCUCUCUAAUCUCUUGCUACAAAGAAACCAAAGCCAGUUUCUCUCUCUCUAGAUCUCUCUCUCUGAUCUCUAGCUACAAAGAAACCAAAGCCUCUCUCUCUCUCUCUCUCUCUCUCUCUCUGUAAAAUUAAGUUUCUGAUAUAAAGAUGAGUUGUGCGAGUGUGCAUAUACGUACCCUCGCCACUCUCAAAGAGGAAGGACAAGAAUCAAAACCCACUUUCAACUUCGAAGCCUACAUGAUCCAGAAAGCCAAAUCCAUCAACCAAGCUCUAGACGCCGCCGUUCCACUGAAAGAGGGCCAGAAGAUCCAGGAGGCCAUGCGCUACUCCCUUCUGGCCGGUGGCAAGCGAGUUCGCCCGGUCCUAUGCACUGCCGCCUGUGAGCUCGUUGGUGGGUCUGAGUCCAUGUCCAUGUCCGCUGCAUGUGCUGUCGAGAUGAUACACACCAUGUCUCUGAUCCACGACGAUCUUCCUUGCAUGGACAAUGAUGAGCUCCGCCGAGGAAGGCCAACGAACCACAAGGCCUUCGGCGAAGCUGUUGCGGUUCUUGCCGGAGAUGCGCUUCUGGCCUUGGCGUUCGAGCACAUAGCAGUUUCCACCGCGGGCGUGCCGCUGACAAGAGUCGUCCGCUCAAUCGGCGAGUUAGCCAGGUCGAUAGGGCCGGAAGGGCUUGUUGCUGGGCAGGUAGCAGAUAUGAGUUGCGAAGGGCUCCCUGUCUCUGAAGUGGGGUUAGAACAGCUCGAAUUCAUUCAUCUGCACAAGACAGCAGCAUUGCUGGAAGGUUCAGUCGUUGUGGGAGCGAUUCUGGGAGGCGGGUCGAACGAGGAGGUAGAGAAGUUGAGGAGGUUCGCAAGGUGUAUUGGGUUGCUAUUCCAGGUGGUCGACGACAUUCUUGACGUGACAAAGUCGUCGGAGGAACUGGGGAAGACGGCCGGAAAGGACUUGGUAGCUGGAAAGGCUACGUAUCCGAAGCUAAUGGGAAUCGAGAAGUCGAGGGAUUUUGCCGAAAAACUGAACAAGGAAGCUCAGAGUUGGCUAUCUGGGUUUGAUCCGGAGAAGGCCAAACCCUUGCUUGCUCUGGCCAAUUACAUUGCUCUUAGGCAAAACUAGUAGUAUUACUUCCAUGUUUUGCUGUAGCUAAUUAAGCAAAUUAAGUAGUUGUGUGAUCCAAUAUCAAUGGCAGCUAGCUAGCUGUAAAAAUA